UAUUCUUGUCGUUCUUUUUUCUUAUCACAUAACUUCAACUUAUAUAAAAACAUACAGACGCUGUUGCAGCUACCUCAGUGUGUGCCUUGAGUUGUAUGGGAGAGUCGAUCUCUCUGUAUCAAAUGUUACAAGGAAUUUAAAAGUAUUCGACGAAAUGGCACGCUUGACGCUUGCAUUUGUCAUUUGCUUGAUUGUGUUAUCAAAUACGGUGGUAUAUGGGUAUAUGGGAGCUACAAAAUUUUCAUCGGAUUUAUACUUCGAAUGUGUGAAAACCACCAAUAGCAAUGUGAUAAUAUCACCGUUCUCCGUGGCAAAUGCGAUUGCACUAUUGUCACAGGCAGCGAAUGAAAAUACGAAUACGUAUAUUGAAUUGACAAGAGGAUUUCAUAUAGAAGAUGAUAAGAGAGUAAAUAAAACAGUGAUAGCCAACGAUUUUCGUUUAUAUUAUGACUUGUUGCAAAGCGAUGCUGGGAAUGUGACUCUCUCGAUUGCCAAUCGAAUUUACAUUCAACAAGGCUACAAAGUAAACAAGACUCUGCGGGAUGUGGCCACUCAUGACUUUCAUUCAGGCAUUGAAUCAGUGAAUUUUACGAACAAAGAAGAGGCUGCCGGAACAAUCAAUCACUUCGUGGAAGAGGAAACAAAUGGCCUUAUCAAGGAAUUGGUUAAGCCAGACCUGUUUAAUUAUGAUUCUCGUGUGGUUUUAAUCAAUGCCAUUUAUUUCAAAGGCAAUUGGCUGUACAAAUUCGACGAAAAGCUCACCGAGAAACGAACAUUUUACAAUUAUGGCUGGCAAGAGGUUCAGACGGAUUUCAUGUAUUUCCCAAACAUAAAUCUCUAUUCGGGUUAUGUGCGUGAUUUGGAUGCCUUGGCACUCGAAAUGAAAUAUGUCAGAUCUUCCUUCGUAAUGCUAAUGAUUUUGCCAAUUAAUCGCAAUGGAUUGCAUCUACUAGAAACAGAGAUGAGAGGUUAUGACUUUGACAAGUUAUACGAAGAAAUGAAUCAUCUAAAUGUUCGCGUUCGCAUUCCAAAAUUCAAGAUUCAAUAUGAAACGCAAUUGAAUGAUGUGCUGAAAAAUUUGGGAAUGAAUGAAAUGUUCACUCAAGAUUCCAAAUUGAGCGGACUCUUAGAAGAAGGAGAACCGUUACGCGUAUCCGAUACCAUUCAUAAGGCAUUUAUUGAAGUAAACGAGGGAGGUUCUGAGUCGGGUGCUGCUUCAGGUUUCUUAAUAGAUCGAAUAGUUGGUGCUGAGGAUCCCCAGUUUAUAGCUGAUUAUCCAUUCAUUUUUUUCAUUUUGCAUGAGAGAACAAGAACUCCUGUUUUUAGUGGCCGCAUUACAAAUUUUGAGUAAUUUUUUGCUCUUCAAGAAGACUCCGCGGAAUGUUUAAACAGUUAUAAAUUGUAUGAAAAAUGUGAAGAGGAAAGAGAUAAUAACAAAUAAAAAGUAUUUCAAAAAUA